AUAUAUUUAUGGUACGUGUUCGAGAUGAUGAUUAUUGGACUAUCUUUUCACCUAUGGAUACAAAGAUAUCACUAGGAUAUAACCUAAACGGAUUAUAUGGUCAGAAAUUCAAUAAUGCAUAUAUUCGUUGUGAGGUAGAGUUAAAAUGCAAGAAAAUGAUCAAAGCACGAAAGUUAUUUUUUGAUAUAAUCAAAAUGCAAUGUAAUACUGGUGAAUCAUUUUUGUUCUUUAUCGAUAAUACCAAUAAAAAAUCCAACCAAAGUAAUAUUGGACCAAUUGUGAUACUAAACCUAUGCACAGAGAUUGUCGAACAUACAGAAAAUAUAUCCGUUUGUAACCUUCGUGCUGUUAUUUUACCUAACCAUAUUUCUUCAGAAAAUGAAUUCGAUUUCACCGAAUUACAAUAUUCUGUUAGACUGCUUGUAAACUCAUUGGGUGUCAUUGGAUUGGCAACAUUGUAUAAAAAACUCAGGUACUCAUGGGAAGAUAAAAAAGCAUGUGAACUAAACAAGAAAAUAUUUGCAAAUAUGUACUAUGCUGUAUUGGAUGAAUCAUGCAACCUAGCACGUGAGCAUAGUCCGUAUGAUAACUACGAAGGUUCAUCCUUAUUAAAGGAAUAUGGGGUUCGAAACUCUUUGUUAAUCGCCCCAAUGCUAACCACAUCAACAUCCCAAUGUGUUGGCACAGGGUACAGCGAAGGACCAUUUCCCGAUGAAUCGAAUCUGAUGUUCAGAGAAACUACCGGAGGAAGUUUUAUUUAUGUAGAGCGUGAGAUGGCAGAAAUGCUUAUAUCCAAAGGACUCUGGACUCCAAAAAUCAUAGAUAAGAUAUUAGAUAAUAAUGGUAGUGUUCAGGAUAUAAAAGAGUUUCCAGAAGAGAUGAAAGCAAUAUACAAGACUGCCUUUGAGUAUUCGUAUGAAACUAUAAUCGACCAUGCGAUUGAUCGUAGUCUAUAUAUCGACUAA